UUAGUGGUUCCGUGUUCUUCGCAAUCAAUGGCCGCUUCUCUGUCUCUAAGCUGUUCGUUACCUCCAUUGCUACCCUCUAAUGGCAGCAGUUCUUCGCAAUCACUACCCAGAAAACCAGUAGACAGCUUAGCUCUGUACAGCGGUAAUGGCUGCAGCUUGGGGAGCUUAAAGCCCAUUGUAGUCAAUGGCGAUCCACCCACUUUCGUCUCCGCUCCUGGCCGAAGAAUCAUUGCCGUUGGUGAUUUGCAUGGAGAUCUUGAUAAGGCAAGGCAGGCAUUUGAGAUGGCGGGUGUUCUGAGUUCUGAUGGUCUAUGGAUCGGUGGUGAAACGGUGUUGGUUCAGCUCGGAGAUAUACUGGAUCGUGGAGAAGAUGAACUGGCAAUCUUAUCCUUGUUGAGGUCAAUGGAUAUCCAGGCAAAAGCUCAUGGUGGAGCAGUUUUCCAGGUUAAUGGAAAUCACGAGACCAUGAAUGUAGAGGGGGACUUCAGAUAUGUUGAUUCUGGGGCGUUCGACGAGUGUGUGUACUUCCUGGAAUACUUGGAGGAAUAUGGACGAGAUUGGGAAAAGGCUUUUCCUUGUUGGUUUGCCGAGUGUCAUAGAUGGAAACAGGAAAGGAAGAUGUCUCAGAGUUAUUGGGAUUCCUGGAGUUUGGUAAAGCGGCAAAAAGGUGUAAUAGCAAGAUCAAUCCUUCUAAAGCCCGGUGGUCCAUUAGCCUCUGAGUUAUCACGACAUGGUGUGAUCCUCAAAGUUGAUGACUGGCUCUUCUGCCAUGGCGGCACUCUUCCUCAUCAUGUUGCAUAUGGCAUAGAGAGAAUUAACAGAGAAGUCUCGUGUUGGAUGAGAGGUCUUAGCGAUGGAGAAGACCGACCAGAGAUCCCUUUCAUCGCCACCAGAGGCUAUGACAGUGUUGUAUGGAGCCGGCUGUACUCCAGAGGCGAUCAACAUAUAGAAAACUACCAAAAUAAUCAGAUCCAAUCUAUUCUCGAAGAGACACUCCGGGCUGUAGGUGCUAAAGCAAUGGUUGUGGGACAUACGCCACAACCUAUGGGAGCAAAUUGCAAAUAUAACUGUAGCAUAUGGUGCAUUGAUGUGGGAAUGUCAAGUGGAGUUCUCGACUCAAUGCCUGAGGUUCUCGAAAUCAGGGAUAAUAAAGCGAGGGUGAUAAGGAGCAAAAGGGAUAUGUUCAGUGAACUUCAGGUCAUUGAUUACACAUAGAGAUCGAUCAGAGUGUAAACACAAAGGUUUCAUCCAUGGCUCGGUUCGCCGUCCCUGUAAAACGCCAGUUAGAGAAGACGACCCGGGUCAUCAACACAGGCCUUGAAAAACCUUCACCAAAUUCAGCUUACAAAGGAGUUGAGUGGUGCUUAGAGUCUUGUGAAGCUGGUUCAAUGGAGCAGUUAAUCUGCUUAUACAAUUCCCAAAUUUUUGCUGCAAAAAAACAGAUGUUAAAGUACAUAACAAGUACAGUUGUAAUCACUAACUCCAUAUAUGUAAAUUUACCAGUCUUUUGUAAA